AAGCACAUACAGCCACAUAUGAUGAAUAAUGGCCUACUUUUGUCAGAAGAGAGUAUGAUUGUAAUGUACACGAUUUGUCUUAAACAUAAUGGUGCAGCAGCUGUAUUUUCAAUGCAUUUCAUUUUAAACAUUUUUCAACCAUCCGGUCAUACGUCAGCUGUUGACGUCACGUUUGUACCCACCCCGCCCUAACAUAGGGUGAAAAAUCAUACGAGGUUGAGAAGGAGGGGUUUGAAUUAGGAUGAAUGACUUCAGGAGGGGUGGUGUAUUCUAGUCUUCAGUUACUACUACAGCCGUGUGAUCCGGUAGAAACACAGGUUGAUUCCAAAGGAAACGGCUUACGCGAACAGAAUCAGUGGUUUGUUCUUUAUAUCGAGCUGGUUUACUUUAUCCUUUGCUUUAUUUAAUAUCAUUCAAUAGCUGGAUUCAUAGGUGAAGUGUGAACGACUUUAAACGUAAAUCUUCAAGAACGAGAUGGCAAGAGGAGAAGGCGCAGAGCAGUACUCUAAUACCAGUCUCCUUCAAAAACCCAGCACAGAUGGAAUCAAACUGGCAGCAAAGCGUGAAUCGACGGGACGGUUGUCGGUAUGCAGCAAGUUAUGUUAUGCCAUUGGGGGAGCCCCGUAUCAGAUAACAGGAUGUGCAAUCGGCUUUUUCCUUCAGAUCUACCUGCUGGAUGUUGCUUUGUUGGAUCCAUUUUAUGCCUCUAUCAUCUUGUUUGUGGGUCGAGCAUGGGAUGCCAUCACAGACCCUACAGUGGGCUUUCUAGUCAGUCGGAGUCCCUGGACCAGAUUUGGACGAAUGAUGCCCUGGGUUGUGCUGUCUACCCCGUUUGCUGUGCUGUGUUAUUUCCUCAUCUGGUACGUGCCAUCUUUUGACCAAGGCAAGGUUGUUUGGUACCUGAUCUUCUACUGCUCCUUCCAAACACUACAGACAUGCUUCCAUGUACCGUAUUCUGCACUUACCAUGUUCAUCAGCACUGAGCAGAAGGAGAGGGAUUCGGCUACGGCCUACCGAAUGACUGUUGAGGUUUUGGGCACGCUCAUUGGCACUGCUGUUCAAGGUCAGAUUGUGGGAAUGGCUAACGCUCCUUGUAUCAGCAGUGGUGAGGACCUGAAUUCUACGGAUCUGCAUGUGGCUCCCGAGGUCAACAUCACUGAGCCUCAUGUUUCACUGAAGGAUCUGAGAAAUGCUUACAUGAUCGCGUCUGGUGUCAUCUGCUCCAUUUAUAUCGUCUGUGCCAUGGUCUUGUUCCUUGGUGUGAAAGAACAAAAAGAAACCUGCAGGGUUAGGAAUGAGCCCAUGUCAUUCUUCCAGGGUAUUCGUAUGGUGAUGGGCCACGGUCCAUAUGCAAAGCUGGUCAUGGGCUUCCUCUUCACCUCUCUGGCUUUCAUGCUUCUGGAAGGAAACUUUGCACUGUUCUGUAGCUACACUCUUGGUUUCAGAAACGACUUCCAAAACAUCCUCCUUGUCAUUAUGCUCUCCGCCACUCUUGCAAUCCCGUUUUGGCAGUGGUUCCUCACGAAAUUUGGCAAGAAGACCGCUGUGUAUUUUGGGACUACAUCUGUGGUGCCUUUCUUGAUCUCUGUCGUCUUGGUGCCAAGCAAUCUCAUUGUGACAUACAUUGUGUCCUUUGCCGCUGGAGUCAGCGUUGCAGCAGCCUUCCUCCUGCCAUGGUCUAUGCUUCCUGACGUCGUGGAUGAUUUCAAAGUCCAAAAUCCUGAAUCUCAAGGCCAUGAAGCUAUCUUCUACUCCUUCUAUGUGUUCUUCACCAAGUUUGCAUCUGGAGUGUCCCUGGGGGUCUCAACUCUUAGUCUUGACUUCGCCGGCUAUGUGACGAGAGGUUGCACGCAACCCGCCGAAGUCGAUUUAACCUUGAAGAUCCUGGUGUCUGCUGCUCCGAUAGUCUUGAUUAUUAUUGGGCUGAUAAUAUUCAUCUCAUAUCCAAUCAACGAGGAAAAGAGACAAGGCAACCGCAAACUACUAAAUGAACAACGUGAAAAUGAGAUCGACUCAGAAACAGACUCCACUGAGCUCAAUGUGGUUUAAUAUCACCCGAACCCUAGCCAGGACAUUGUGCCAUUUGCGUCAGACCAACAGAGCCAAAACAAACCAACCGGACGCUUUGAACCAACCAUGCUGCCUUGUGGCUGAAAACUCAUCACUCCUACACAACUGCAAACAAACAACAUAGUCUUUGCCAGCUCAAGUUCAAAGUGCCUUGCUGUUUUCAGAAGCAAGAGCUAAUAGACGCUAGAAAUGUUGCACAAGGCUUGUGUGUCACCAGUAUUUGUGCUGCUCGUUGGUAUAGGAUGUCAAAACGGUGUCCAUAAGCCAGGUUUUGAAAAGCACACAUCUAAACUGCACUAAAACAAUGAUCUGAGGUGGGACGUGCCUACCGUAAGAAGAAACUUGAAACAUUUAUAAAGGUUUUUAGGUGCUAAAACCAAAAAUGCAUUUCAAUCGUUAUUGAAAGGUACAUUUUGGGAGGAAUAUCUGUGAAACUGUACAAUACUUCAGUAAUAUUUGUAUGUAAUUUAAUAUUUAUAAGUAAGCAAAUUUGAAACCGUGAGAUCUGAGUGAGGUUGAUUUUUAUCAAACUUCCGUAUUGCGCACAGAAGGUUAUUGUUUAUUUCUUGUAUUACUUUCAUUCACGUACCCCUUCUAUUAUGUUCCUUUUCAUUUGUUUCUGCUCUCUGGGGGCGUUCGGAGGUAUGCGUUUACAAAUACUUCAACGCCUUCAGAUGACGUGCUUUGGAUCAGAGGAUCUUAUUCGAUUAAGUUCUGGAUGGAUCCAGUAGUGCUGCUGACAGCUGAGGCUGUGAACUAGCAGGAUGCCAUCAGACUCUAUGGGGUUAAAAUCAGUUGCUUAUUUGUGAGGUGAACAAGAUUAUUUAAGUAUUUAUUACUUUUAAAUCACAUGUUGAUUUAUUUUCUCCCAUCUUCUUUAAUUUAUCUUGUUUAAGGGCCUCAGUCACAUGAAAUAAGGGCAAUUGGAGUUGUCACUGCUGAAUUAUGUCUAACAUGCCAUUAAUUCCUAUGGAAAAGCCAAUCUGUGUUUACAGGUGACACUGCUGUUUGUUUAGAUGUUAAAUUAAUCUGCUUUCUGAUCUGUUCGUUUUGCAUCGACGUCUGUACAGUAGUUGUCUAAAGCGUGCUUUUAUCAUUGUAUAGUUCUCUGCCUGCAACUUGUGUGUCAAAGAUCUGAAUGCCAAGUGUUUCUCUACCAUCUGUAAGUGUUGUGAUAUAUGUACAUAGACCGUUUAAAUAUAAAGUCAUAUUUUUCAUUUUCUUGGGGGGAAAAUGGAAUGGCUUGUAAAUAUCUGUGUAAAUGUCUUAUACAUAUGUACAUACGAUGCAAGUUGAGAUCUCAUCAGUGCAUGUUUUGGGUUAAUACCAUUUUCUAACACGUGUCAAUUUUGUAUUGAUGCAUCUGUAACGUUAUUGUUUUUCAUUCUCAUUAAUGAAAAAAAGUUCAGUUUGGUGAUCUGUUAGAUCGGUCCAUAUUCUGAUAAAAAAAAUACAGUUGUUGUGUAUAUAACACAUGUGCUGAUGUUUGUACAUAGAUUUGAUAUUUUGUUUGGAUGGAAGUGUAAAUGUGUGUAGGUAUUUAAAUGAAGCAAUGUUACAAAAAUGUUUAAUAAAUUCUAAUAUUCAAAAAUCA